AUGUCAACAUUCAGCUUCUCCUUCUCAGGAGACGACAUAGAGGAUACUCAAAUUACAGACUCUGAACCCCAACCCUUAUCACGAAGUCAUGCCGCCGAAACAGGAACCCUACAGCGCUCUACUACCAGCUCAGCUUUCCCAAUUGGGAGUCAGUUAUUACAGCCACAGACUCACGAUUUAGAACCCAUGCUGAGAUCCUUACCAUCAAAGAUCGUCUACAGUACAUUAGUCAUCAGACUCGAUGACGGGACAGACAUCUCUAUUCCGAGGAGAGAGCUUUGGGAUGUGAGGGUUCAGCUUAUGGCUGAGGAGGAUGAUGAGGGGCUGGGGAAUCUCGGCAAGGAUGAUGUUAGGACGGGGGUUUAUGAGGGUGGGUUUAAGAGCUGGGAGAGCUCGGUGGAUGUGGUUAAGUUGUUGCAUGAGAGGAGGAGAAAUGUUGAUUUCUCGGGGAAGAUUUUAGAGCUCGGAUGCGGCACCGCCCUCCCCUCUCUAGCCGUCUUCCAAUGGCUGUUACAAAACCCCAUCUCAACCGAACCAUCACACCUCGGCCUCGCAGACUACAACCCCACCGUCCUCCAACUCGUCACACUCCCCAACAUCCUCCUAUCCUGGGCCCAAACCACUCGCCAAGAAUCAUGGCAACCCGAAGGCGAGCUCGAUCUCGACGAGCAAACCAUCCAAGACUUCCUCUCCUCUCUCCAAUCCCGCCAAGUCAAACUCUCAUUCUUCUCCGGAGCAUGGAGUCAAGAGUUCGUCAACCUCGUAAAGACCAACAUGGAUUCACGUACAUCGCGACUCACCAUCAUCGGAGCGGAGACCAUCUACUCGCCUGUAGCAUUGAAGUCCUUUGCGGAGACUCUGGUUGGUCUUUUGGGGAGUAUGCCGGAUGAGGAGAGGACGGCGUUGGUUGCUGCGAAGAAGGUUUAUUUUGGUGUGGGGGGGUCGAUGGAGGAUUUUUGUGAUAUUGUGCGCGGGCAUGGGUGUACUGUGGAGCAGAUUAGGGAGGAGUCGGAUGGUGUGAGGAGGUCUGUGGUUGAGGUUAAGAUCGCACAGUCCGUAUGA